AUGCGUUUCUCCACCAUCUUCGUCGCUGCCGCCUCCGUCAUGGCCGUCCAGGCUGCCUCCACUGCCUCUCCGACGAAGCCCGCCGCCACUUCUCCCGCGAAGACAACGGCCGCCGCCGCAGCUGCCACUACGGCUGCCAAAAAGGCCGCUGGUGCUAACGUCGUUCCUGGCGCCGCUCUUGGUCUUGCCGGUGUUGCCAUGCUCAUGGUCUAA